CGUCCCAUAAGCAGGCGCAAGAUCGCGUCACUGUUCAUGCUUAAGAUUGAAGCUAACAAACACUAAUUAAUUAGUUAUACAGAUGACAUUAUAGCAUCAAAAACCAACUCACAUACAUAGUUUCACUGCAAAUUAUUGAUCAGAUUCUUUAAUGCAACUCCUUAUAAUUCCAAAUGAACCCAAAUGGGUUAUUGUUGGUUUUAUGUUACUUUCAGCAGAUAAUUACGCGGCAGAAGAUACAAUCUUAUCACCACCAAUGCCCUCGCCGUAUGAGAAACCGUCUACCAAGAUCAACCCAACAAUGGCGAUUAUACUGGUGUGCCUUUUAAGUGCAUUCUUCAUGAUUUGUGUAAUCUCGACCUACUUCCGCCAUUUUACUGAAAGACAACUCCGACUAGCAAGGAGUACACAAAACCUAAGUGAAACGGGGUCAAUGAGAUCGGUGGUGCAUGGGCUUGAUCCGGCGGUGAUAGCCACAUUCCCAAGCUUCUUGUAUUCAAGUGUAAAAGGGAUAAAGAUAGGGCAGACGGUUCUAGAAUGCGCCGUGUGCUUAAAUGAGUUUCAAGACCAUGAAACCCUACGUUUGCUACCAAAAUGCAGCCACGUGUUUCACCAGGAUUGUAUUGACACGUGGCUGGCUUCACAUGUCACAUGCCCGGUGUGUAGAGCGAAUCUAGUCUUGUUACCUGGUGAACUCGAUCAUAUGACUGAGUUGUUGCACUGCCCAGUUGACCCGGAGAUAGAUUAUGCAUCGACUGAGUUUCUUCUUCCAGUAGAGUUCAAACACAAGAUACCUCCAUCCACUGAAAUGCCACGUUCACAUUCAACUGGUCACUCGGUUAUAAUUCGACCCGUUGAAAAUACUGAGAGAUACACACUUCGGUUACCAAACGAAGCACGGGGCCUUUUUGGGAACCUUGUAGCGAGCCUUCCCACAAGCCCUCAUAUGGCAUUGCCAAUGGAGAGUAGUCAAAAAAUGAGCCUUCGAAGUAUUAGUGUUGGUUCAGUUAGAAGAUUGGAUUAUGUUCAUCACGAGGUUUCUAAUUAUGAAAGACGAAGAGGCCAAACAUCAAGGGGUGGUCCUAGUGAUUCUCACAUAGUUGAUUGUUGAAAUAACAAGACGAAAAAUCAACAACUUUUAGAUUCUGUAUAUAGCAUUUGGUACAUGUGGCUAAACAUAAACUCUACUGGAAUAUGUGUGUAUAUUGCUCAUGCCAAAUGCUAUCAAAAAAGGGUCUAUUUUUUUUUCUUUUGGGCGGGGUGUGUCCUAUUACCAAACAGAGUCUUAGAUGAUGAGUAAGGAAAUCAAUAAGUUGACGGUUCAAGUUUGGUUUGACUCAAAAGAUAGAGAUUUAGAAGUAGAUUAGAAGGUGUUCUAUCAAGACGAGUCAUACAUAAACAUGAUUGGGAACAUUAUUGGAAACAUGUGUAGA